AAAAGAGGCGAGCUCGGCUCGAGCUCGGCUCGUUCACACCCCUAGGUGUAUCUAUCCAAACUACCCGAAGCCCUACAAGCUCAAUGGUUGCAUUAACGACACAAAGAUGAUGAAGAAGAUGCUGAUUGGCCGAUUUGGGUUCGACUCGAAAGCAAUUAUGGUGUUGACGGACAAACCAGGGAGUAAGAAACUAAGGGCGACUGGUCAAAAUAUAAAGAUUCAACUCGGUAAUAUGAUUGCCAAAGCUCUACCUGGAGAUCGGCUCUUAUUCUUCUUUUCGGGUCAUGGGACAACUGUUACUGAUGAUAAUGGGAAGCUAAGGCAGGCCAUAGUAGGCUGCGACGACAAUAACAUUAAUUGUUUAGAGUUCAGACAUUAUGUGAAUCUUUUGCCCAAAGAUGCAACACUCACUAUACUAGCUGACUCGUGCUGCAGUGGUGGACUUAUCGACCAAGAGCCCGUGCAGGUAGGGCUACCCUACCAUCCACAGCCUCCAGACAGAAGUUGUCGUCCUCGUAGGAUGCUCCCUUACGAUGCUUAUCUGGCACAACUGUCGUCAAGGACAGGGCUAAACAGUCCGAAUAUUGGAGUACACCUGGUCCAGUUGUUUAAAUCGGAAGCCAGCAUCUUGUUCACACAGCCUCCAAAUAAGCAUCCUCAGCCGCUGAAAGCUGACCAGGGAAUUUUACUGAGCGCCGGUGAACCUGAUGAGUUUACUUAUGAAGAUGAAGAUGAAAACGGGGCCCCUUGUGGUGCCUUUACUAAAGUUGUGGUCGAAAUUCUCAAGGGUACCCCUGCCCUUAUAACAAACAAGAAACUUGUGAUGAAGGCUAGGGGUAUUUUGGGCGUCAAGAAAAUAAAUCCGCAGCACCCAUGUUUGUACUGUAGCCGCAAAAACGUUGACGCGGGUUUCCUUGGCAAAGCAACUCAUAGCCGGGUUGAAAUUGGUGAAACAUCGGCAGAAGAUCAUGUGCUUCAGGAAUGAAUGAUCUAUGAACAAGUACUACUUUUCUAUAUACCUAUAUAAUUAAUUACAAUAAAGGUUUCUCUUAUAGCUAGAACCACUCCUUUUUUAUUUCAUGUUAUAAUAAUUAAUUAAUUAAUAUUUCUCUAUAUAUUACUAUACUGGUUUGUAAUGGUCACUACUUACUAGUGAUCAAUUUUAUUUGUAUGCAUCAAUAUUAAAUAAUAUCUCUGUGUUCCUUGUUAAUUAUUUGAUUGAUUA